AUCUGACGACGACGAGCCAUCGACUACAGAAUAGCAGUAACCAUGCUCCCGCUCUCGCUGCUUAAUGCAGCAAAGGGAAAGACGAUUCUCGUCGAGCUCAAGAAUGGCGAGACGUUCAAUGGCCUGCUCGACAACUGCGACGCAUUCAUGAACCUGACCCUGACUGAGGUGUAUCAGACGAGCAAUACGGGUGUACAAUUCUGGAAGCUACCCGAGUGCUAUAUCCGAGGAUCAACAGUCAAGUACUGCCGUGUUACGGACCAGCUCAUCGAUCAGGUCAAAGAGGCUGAGGAGGAGGCAAGGAGACAGCGGCAGGCUCAGGGUGGGACCAGUGGUGGAGUCGGGCUUGGUCAUCGUGGAGGCCGAGGCGGUGGGCAUCAGAACGCACGCGGUGGGGGACGAGGAGGGCCGGGAGGCGGUGGCCGCGGCGGACGGGGUGGCAGAGGAGGAGGGAGAGGAGGAUAUUGAAGAGCAAGUCAUGUCUCUUCUGAUCAAUCCAGAAAAAACAACUGUGUACCACCAAAAAGCCAUCAAUUGGUAU